UCAUCGACUGUCUGUUGGUCCUGUUUUUGCCAAGUAUUUACAAGAGCAAAGGUGUUGUUUAAGCAACAGCUCGGUUUUCUAGAAGGUUCAAAAAGCCUUCAGUGAGAGAAGUUUAAAAGUAGCGGUUGUUGAACGGCCUCAUCGUCAUUCACGCGACAAACACGAACUAUUAUCGCCCCUUUAAGUUUUGUUUUUUGUGAAUAAACAAGCAAAACACAGUUUGCAGGGGCUAGCUGGUUCCGUCAGGGGUGUUAUAGCAACUGCGGGACUGCUUGUGUGAUCAUCGAAGUUAAGCCAUCCAUUUUUGACAUCCUACAAUAUGGCGUCCAGUAUCGGAUCAGUUUCUACAGGAACGAAAAAAACAUCAACCACAGCUACCGGUCAGACGGCAGCUGCUGGUAGGAAAAAAUCCGGUCCAAAAUUUGAGCUAUCCGAUGAACAACGGCAGGACAUCAAGGAAGCAUUCGAUUUAUUCGACUCGGAAGGAACCGGCAUGAUUGAUACCAAGGAGCUGAAAGUCGCAAUUCGAGCCCUGGGAUUCGAGCCAAAAAAGGAAGAGAUCAAAAAAAUGAUUGCCGAAAUCGACAAGGAUGGCACAGGAAAAAUUUCAUUCGAAGAUUUUCUUUCCCUAAUGACGGUGAAAAUGGCCGAAAAAGACUCCAAGGAGGAGAUUUUGAAGGCCUUCCGGUUGUUCGACGAUGACGAAACUGGUACCAUUUCCUUCAAGAAUCUCAAACGAGUCGCCAAAGAGCUAGGUGAGAAUCUAACCGACGAAGAACUGCAAGAAAUGAUAGACGAAGCGGACCGCGACGGCGACGGGGAAGUCAACCAGGAGGAGUUUUUGAGAAUUAUGAAGAAAACUAGCUUGUACUAAGUAGUAGCGCAGGAUAGUAGUGCUUAAUUUUAAUAAUGUACCUAUUAAUAGUAAGCGGCUUUAAGAUAUGCGUUAAAAAACAAGAAAAAGAGCUGAUAAGUUAUGCUAUACAUUUUACUGCACAGUCGUAACGAACAAAGAGUAAACCAGUGAUGCACUGUUCUAUAAUAAAUUAGCGGAGUAUUUGAC